ACGCAAUGCAGCGAUUGUGCCUGGUUCAAGCUGCAAGGAAAAAUAGCAUAUAGUUUAGCUAUUGAGAUUUUUUUUAAAUGUAUUCAUUUAGUUUCAAUGGAACCUUUUUAUUAUUUACAAUUGAACUUUAGAAAGAGAAAGAAGAAAUUUACCAAAGGAGUAUGAUUGUCUUCUUUUAAUUUUAAUAUUUAGUUUUAUGAUUGUCUUCCUUUAAAUUUACCAAAGGGGAAACCACGUAAAUGGCGUGUCGUGUUCAACUUCUUACCUUCCGUUCAUCGAAUUUACAUGGUAUAUGCAGAAACUUUUGCUCCGGUGGCAAAAACACAAACAGUUCGGAGUUUACUAGCGGUGGCAGCAAUGAAAGAAUGUCCACUUUGUCAGUUAGACGUGAAAAUGUCUUUAUUCACGGCGACCUCAAAGAGGAAAUAUACAUGGAACGCCCGCCCAGAUAUGCGAAAGGGGAUAGUUCCAUGGUUUGUCAUCUGCGACGAUCUCUUUACACUUUGAAACAGGCGCCUCAGGCCUGGUUUGAAAAGCUUCAGGACACUAUUAUGCAGACUGGGUUUGUGCAAAGUACGAGUGAUUCCUCUCUCUUCCUUCGUUCUACUACUCGUGUUCUCAUGGUAAUCUUAAUCUAUGUGGAUGAUAUGUUGGUCAGUGGGGAUGACAAUGAGGGUAUUCGUGAACUCACACAUGUUCUGCGUUCAGCCUUUCAUCUUAAGGAAUUAGGAGAUCUUUCCUAUUUCCUUGGGUUAGAAAUCCAUAGAUCUCAAGGGAAGUAUGUUGUGGAUCUACUCGAGGAGGCGCAAAUGGAAGACUGUAUACCUUGCUCAACGCCUAUGGAACAAAAUCUCAAACUGUGUCAAACAGAUGACGAGCUUCUUCCAAAUGGUUCAGUGUAUCAAGGCAUUGUGGGUAGCCUCAUAUAUCUUACACAUACACGACCAGAUAUUUCAUAUGAUAUCCGUGUGGUAAGCCAGUUCAUGACUGCUCCAAGGACUUCCCACUGGACAGUAGUGCAACGGAUUUUGAGGUACCUUUGAGGCACACAGGAUGUGGGAUUAUUAUUCCUAGUGCCAGGAGAGGCAGUGAUGGAAGCCUAUGCAGAUGCAGACUAGGUAGGAUGUCUUGAUACACGGCGAUCUACAUACUGUUGGUGUGUGAAGGUGGGCAACUCGUUUAUUUCAUGGCGUAGCAAGAAGCAGUAUCGUGUAUCGAAAUCUUCUGCUGAAGCUGAGUAUCGUUGCAUGAGUGAAGUGGCGCCUGAAAUUGUGUGGCUCAAGAGAUUACUGGUCGAACUGGGAGUGGUUGUUCAGCCUCCAAUUCGGUUACAUGUGGACAACACCAGUGCUAUUCGUAUGGCUACUAACCCGAUAUUUCAUUACAGGACAAGCACAUUAAAGUUCAUGUGCACUAUAUUAGACAAUUGAUGGUUGAAGGAGAGAGGCAGAGAAGGAGAGUUAGAUAGAUAAAAGAGAUUCAUCAUCUAGAGAGACCGAUAAAAGAUAGAGGGAGAAAGGGAGAUCCAUCCAAGAAUCGGUUAAAGUCAUUGAGUCGGUCAAGUAAGGAGUUUGAGGGUUAAUGGUCUGAUCGUGGUCCGGCCGGUUUGAACCGUUUUAGACGUUUUCUAAAAAAAAUACAAAUAAGGUAUUAAUUAAAGAUUUAAUGACUGAAAUAACAUUUAUCUUACAUAUCUAUAUUAAAUUCUUAUUUUCCACAAAAUAAAUAUACCUAACCUCUAUGACCCUCCUACCAUCUUCCUUUCUUCGUUCCUUUCCCUUUCUUCCCCCUCUUUUCUUCUCUCUCUUCAGGGGGUCAGACCGAAAAGUUUUCUGAACACCGUUUUAAAGUCCGACCCCGGUCGGACCGGAUCCAUCCCAUUCCAUGCACAUAUCUUUCUGUUUUCCAUUUUUUGGUAACAACAAUAUCUAUCUAGUUUAAAUUUGAAGUGCAUUUUUUCACACACACACCUCAUUCAGACAGACACUGACCCGCAGCUAAAGUAGUACUAUAGCACUCUCGCUAGCCCCACCAGUCCACCCCCCACAAAUUCAUUUCCUUUCUCCCCUUUCCUUUCCUUUCCUUUGUUUUGUUUUUCCUCCAUAGCGCUCUUUCCCUCUCCCAUCAAAAACCCAUUCUGAACCAGCAGCUUGCCUCCUCCCAUCCAAUCCAAUCGCCACCUCAAGUUUGAUCUUCCCAUAUAUGUUCCUAAUUUCCUCCUCUUUCACCAACUAAUCACCUCUCUCUUUCUCUCCCCUUUUGUUAGAUGUUAUACUAUACAUACACUCUCCAUUUUUUGCAUGGCUAGAGAUGGUCACCGUGGCGAUAUUGUAGAUCAUCAUCAUCAUUCACCACUCCUCAUUCCUUCUUCUCACCACCACCAUACUAAAUAUCUCCUCCCAAGAUUAACCCUCCUCCUCCUUCUUUCCUUUCUCCUUCUCUUCUCCAUGGUGGCUCACAAAGACAUUACCAUGGCGGCAGCAGCAGCAGCAGCUGGGGAUCAUGAUGAGGUGUCCCGACGACAUGUCGUCGGACACCACGAAGAAGAAGAAGGUGGAGGCAGCAGUACUACUAGCCACAGCCGGAGGAGAGGAAGGAGAUUACCGUGGCAACAACAACAACAACAACAAGCAGCAGGGUCGUCGGCGUCGACGAGGUUCAAUGCCAGUGCGCAUGAGGUUCCUAGCGGUCCCAAUCCCAUUUCCAACAGGUGAAUUAUCAAGCUAGAGAGCUAGAUUAGCUAGCUAUAACUGGAUUUUGGGUACAUUGGUUUUGAUUUAUAUUAAUAUACAGAAUUUUGUAUGUAUACAGCUAGAAGGCCAUUUAGGCAGUAAUUAUAAUUAGUACAGAUUUUAGGUCUCAAUUAUUAUUAGUAUUUGUGUGUGUGUGUGUUGGUUUUUCUUUUUGGAGGAAGAGUUUGUGUUGUGUUGUGGCUCAAUUAUUGGGGUCAUCAGUUCAAACGAACAACGGGGGGACCCCUACCUACGAAAAUCAUUGAAUUUUAACCAUGUGCAAAAGAGGAUGUGUCUGAUUUUAUUUUAUCAUACGUAUAUAAAAAAUUAUAUUGUGAAUUAAUUAUUUAUUUAGAUAGUGUUUGCUUUACUUUAACUGAACUUUUGCAUAGACCCCUUGACUUUUCUUAAUUUUAUGGGCACAAAUUUCUUUUGCUCGUGUCGUGAUUAGCUAGAACCAGCGUAUAUGUAAUCACAGUCAUAACAUAUGUUUUUCCUGGAGCCGAUGAAUAUAAUGCGUGGGAAGGAAGAGCCGGGAGAGGGUGGUUUGACCAAUUGCGCUGCGUUGUAGGAUAGUCAAAAAAGCAGCUAGGGUUCCUUUAAUUAAUAACUAAUCAGCUU